AUGGAAAUCGCCCCACCAACGCCCCUGGAGAGAGAGAAAAUCCCAUCUUCUCCGGGAACCGCUUCCGCCGCCCACGGCGGAUCUCAGCCGCAGACCCCCAGGCCCUCCGCACCCAGAUCCCACCACCAGCCCGCCGGUCCCUACCCCACCACCUUCGUCCAGGCGGACACCACCAACUUCAAGCAGGUGGUGCAGAUGCUCACCGGCUCCUCCGACACCGCCAGGCAGGCCGCCGCUCCGCCCGCCGCCUGCGGCGGCGGAAUUCCCCCGAUCAAGAGCACCUGCCAGAAGAAGCAGGGAUUCAAGCUGUACGAGCGGCGGAACAGCCUAAAAAACGGGCUCAUGAUCAAUACCCUGCUCCCGGCGGGUUUUUCGGCCCGGAAGCCCGAGAUCCUGUCCCCGAGCAUGCUCGAUUUCCCGUCGCUCGCACUCAGCCCGGCGACGCCGCUGAACGGGGACAGCCUGAGCAGAUCGGCAACCGCGGCGUCGCCGACGGUAGUGGGGGAGGAGGAGAGGGCCAUCGCUGAGAAGAAAUUCUACUUCCACCCGUCGCCGAGGACGAAUUCCGGCGAGCCGCAGCUGCUUUCCCUUUUUCCGGUAACCUCCCCGAGGUUUUCGGGGUCGGAGUCUUGA